UUUCUCUUUCUCUCCUGUUGUCGCAUCUUGGGUGGAAGAAUGGUCACAGAAGCCCCAGAGAUUUUUUUUGGCCUAGGAUGCUUCUUCCUUUAUUUGACUUUGAAAACUGAUGCCAGUUUGGAUGUCUCCUGUAUGUUUAACAGCAAGAAGUACAAACCAGGAGAGAGCUGGCACCCUUACCUGGAGCCACAGGGGGUGAUGUACUGCAUCAGAUGCACCUGCUUUGAGGAUACCAAUGUAAGCUGCUCCCAAAUUCAGUGCCCGGCUCUUCAGUGCCCGAAUCCCAUCAGUGACCCUCACCAAUGCUGUCCCAGGUGCCCAGAGCUGCUCAUUCCCUCUGGAGCCCAGACACCCACCAAUUCCUCCUGUCAGUACAACGGGACGACAUACCAGCAUGGCAACAUUUUCACCAACAGCGAACUCUUCCCUUCCAGGCAGUCCAACCAGUGCGCUCAGUGCAGCUGCUCGGAAGGUCAGAUUUACUGUGGUCUGGUGACCUGCCCAGAGCUGUUGUGUGCCUCACCCGAAACCAUACCGGACUCCUGUUGCCAAGUCUGCAGAGAUGGUUCCUAUGAAAAGUUGAUAGAAGAGCCCCAAUUAUACAGAGGUGCUAGGCACCCGCAGUACCAAUGCACAGGGGGCGCUGGGGGCAAAGGAUCCUCUGAAUCAGUUGACUCCCCAACGGGCGCUUCGCUGGAGUUUCUCCCUAAGAGCAUCAAGAACAAAGGCGGAAGUGGUGGGACGACUGUCAGAAUCAUUCUGAAAGAGCAAAACAAAAAAGCUUGUGUGUACAAUGGGAAGACCUACUCGCACGGGGAAGUGUGGCAUCCCACGAUCCGUCACUUUGUGCUCUUGCCUUGCAUCCUGUGUACCUGCAACGAUGGGAGUCAGGAUUGCCGAAAGAUUACAUGCCCCAAAGAGUACCCUUGUGAAAAGCCUGAAAACGUAGCUGGGAAAUGCUGUAAAGUUUGCCCAGAGGACAAAGUGCCGCCCCCUGAGGGAAUUGACGCCAUCAAAUGCAGAGUGUCCGUCUACAUGUUUGUUCCAUCCGCCACCUCCAAAAACCCCAAAGAGAACUUGAGGAAGAUUGCAAUAGAGAGAGAGUCCUCAGAAGAUGUCGAGAUCUACAUCUGGAAGCUUGUGAAAGGAAUAUUUCAUUUGAUCCAGAUCAGGAAGGUCAAGAAACAGGAGUUCAAGCAAGAAGUUCAGAACUUCCGGCUCAUCUCCAGGACAAAUGAAGUGUAUUGGAACAUGUUUCUGGUACAAGGGCCAGAAGUGAAGAUAUCUGAAAGUUCAGACAAAGAAACAAAGAACUUGUAAAAAAGAAAAGAAAAUAUAUUAAUAUUAAUAUAUACAGGGAAAGUUGCAUUAUUAAAUAAACUGUCACAGCAGUCACAGGAAAGAUGAACCACAACCAGCUUUAUGGACGCUCCAAUAAACCCGUCCAUGCUGAUGAGGACAACAAGAUGGCCGCUUCAGUUCACCACUCUGGAACCUGCACAUGCAAUCUAGCCUUUCCAAACGCUGCCAGAGUGAAUGGAUGACUCUUUCGUCUGUUUCUUGUUAAGGGAAAAAAACGAGAGAGAUGCUUUAUCUCUUUAGGGCAGGGGUUCCAAAACCGCAGCCCGCAAGCUUCGU